CUCAGUCGCCGACUCGCUUCGGCUGGUUCGAAAUUUAUAUCCCGAACGGCUUCAACGUUGCAAGCCGGCUGAGCUCACGACAGCGUUUGAGAACAGCGGAAUUCCACCUAUCUAGGGGCGUGCAGUGGGGCAUUCGAUACGAAAAAGUCAUUUCUACUAAUGCUUACCAUUUCGCACGGGUGUCUGAACCGAUCUCGCUCCAACCUCCGACCGAACGGCCCAAGCUCCACCAGGGUCCACCAAACUUCACCACCAGAGCUCGAUGCGAGCCAGCGAUAAACACCGCUCGCGCCGCUCCCUCCCCAUUGCUUGACAUCCUGCCAAAAUGAACACCAUCUCGCCCCCACCACAGUUCAAGCGCAUCAGCGGCACAAAACGCCUGUUUGGCGUUGUCCUGGGCCUCGCCGGCGCUGCAGGCGCAAAUGCCCUGCUCGGCUACUCCGUGUUCAGCUUCUACACACGCAACACAACCUUUGUCCCCUACGAUACCUCAUCGCCGGACCUGCUCACACCGACCUUCACCGCUCACAACCCGCUUAAGAAUGCGCCCGCGUGCAUUGACCACGCGGUCAAGACGCUGCCGCUGCAGAAGUUCCGCGAGCGCUAUGGACUGCAGCCGGGCGCAAAGGUGCCCGUAGAACGCCUGACGACAGACUUCUGCAGAGGCAUCUGGAGCGGCAUUGGCUAUCGCAUACAGCGCCGCGUUCUCGAGCGCAAGUACCGCGCGCUGCCAGGCCGCGAGGAUCAGCUGUGGGACGUGAAGGCGCUGGAGAAGAGCGAGUACCCUGUGAACACGGUUAUUACGGAUCACUUCGAGGUGGUGGAACACGAUGCGAACAAGGUCAUUGUGCGCUGUGGGGACUCUCCGCUGGUCAAGGAGCACCGCGCGAGCGAUGGGCUGUUCUCGAUGGAGGUCACCACCGACGAGAAGGCGGAUACGGCGACGUUCCACCUCAAGAGCGUUUUCGUCAACACCACGCCCGAAGGCACGGGUUCCGAGCCACAGCCGGCGGCCCUCCAGCUGGCGCAUAGGAUGUACACGAAGUUCUGGAUGGAGGGAGCGACGAGGAAGAUGCUGAAGCAGUAAUGCAAAGGUGAAUCCGGCUUAGCGCGGAUCAGAC